AUGACCGAGUCAAUCCCCACAUCGGCAUCCUCCGAGGAGGCUUCUACGAUGCCAGAAAAACGCGUUUGGCAUCGAAGCACGCUUUUCAAUGCGUUCGUCAUUGGAGGUGUCGGAUUCCUAGCCCCAGGACUAUGGAAUGCAAUGAAUUCUCUGGGAGCGGGUGGUGCGGAAUCACCAUAUUUGGUCAAUGCAGCCAACGCUUUGGUUUUUGGAUUGAUGGGAUUUCUGUGUGUCUUUGGUGGUCCGGUUGCCAAUCGUAUUGGUAUGAAUUGGACCUUGCUUUUGGGAGCUAUUGGCUAUCCGAUAUACUCAGCAGCAUUAUAUACGAACAAUCGCUAUGGAAAUGAAUGGUUUGUGCUAGUUGGAGCAGUGGCUUGUGGAUUAUCGGCCGGUCUCUUCUGGGCUUCUGAGGGCGCAGUGGCACUUGGGUACCCUGAACCAGGGAAAAGAGGCCAGUAUAUGAAUAUCUGGCUUUGGUUUCGGACAGGUGGACCUUUGCUUGGAAGUGCUAUUGUUCUCGGAUUGAACCACUCUUCAGCUGCAAAGAAGAAGGGCAAGGUCGGUUCAGAGACCUAUCUCAUUUUCGUCGCGUUGCAAUGCCUAGCAGUUCCUUUGGCAUACUUCCUGACUCGCCCCGAGAAGGUCCAGCGCGGUGACGGGAGUAAAGUCAAGGUUGUUGCACUGGACUCGUGGCGGGCGGAAUUUGCGGAGCUUUGGAGAGUGUCUGCUCGCAAACAGAUUCUCUUACUAUUGCCCGUGUUUUGGGCAGCUUAUUUCAAUCAGUAUUCCGGCAAUUUUGAAACCUACUAUUUCGGAGUGCGCGCUCGAGCCCUAAUUGGUCUUGUCGCGUAUCUCGCGGCCCUUUUCUCAUCUUGGCUUAUCAGUCGGUUCCUGGAUUAUAAAGGACUUUCUGUAAAGCUUCGCAUUACUUACGGCUUUUAUUAUGUGAUUGCUGUCCAUAUUGUUUCCUGGGUCUAUGGCUGGGUAGUUCAGGAGCAAUAUACGGCAAAUCCUCCAUUAUAUGACUGGUCCGAUAAAGGAUUUGUUAAGGGGAUGUUUGUCGUUGUUCUUUGGCAAUUCUCUCAGCAAACACUUCAAAAUUGGCUCUAUUAUAUGCUUUCGACGAUGACUGACAAUAUUUCCGAGCUUUCACGCCUGUCCGGUGUUCUGCGCGGCCAAGAGAGUUUUGCUCAAGCAGUUUCGUAUGGCCUCAACACCCGGGAGUGGUAUGGUGGACGCGUUCCUCUGGCGGUCAGCACAAUUCUCCUCGGUCUCGCUGUGGUGCCCACGUGGAUUGUCGUCAAAAGCCAUACGCCCGUUGAGAAUGCCAAGAGUGACGCCACUUGGAGCCCGACUGGGGAUGAGGAGCAAUCCCUUCCUAAAAACAGUGGUGAAGGUAGCGGCAAGGCAGAUUUGGUCGUUGAUGAAACCGAGGUGACGAAAUAA